GGCUAUCUAUCAUGUGUUUCAAACUGCGACCGCUUCCAAGUAAACGAAGUACGAUAUGAGGCCUUUUUGGAAGCGAAGCGGUAUCGUGGCGUCGUUGAUCGCCUUUUCGUCCUUUCUAUUGCUAGCCGCCCCAGUGACAGCCCAGGCUUCAUCGACUACCACCUCGUCGCCCGCAGUCAGCUAUGUAAACACAUUGGCUAACCAACGAGCCGACCCCCACAUUUUCAAACACACGGAUGGAUGGUACUACUUCACCGCCACAGUUCCUGCCUUUGAUAGGAUCAUCCUCCGUCGUGCUCAGUCCAUCCAGGCGCUGGGUGAUGCAGCGGAGACUACAGUUUGGAGGAGGAAGUCGUCUGGUGUUGGGAGUGGUCAGGUCUGGGCACCCGAGAUACACUUCAUCGACGGAAAAUGGUAUAUCUACGUCGCUUUGGGCGUAGCAAAUGAAUGGCGCAUUCGAGCUUUUGUUCUUGAAGCGUCUGGUGCUAACCCCCUGACAUCAACAUGGAUCGAAAAGGGGAUUAUCAAGACCAACUGGGACACCUUCUCGCUCGACGCAACAACCUUCACCGUCAACUCCACGCGUUAUCUUGUCUGGGCCCAGCAAGACCCGUCCCGGUCCGGCGAGAACUCGUCUCUCUUCAUCGCACCGUUGCAGAACCCAUGGACUAUCCGGGGCACCGCCGUCGCCAUCUCUCAUCCCGAUCUCGCCUGGGAACGGAUAGGGUACAAAGUCAAUGAGGGAGCGUCCGUCAUCCAACGGAAUGGCAGAAUCUUCAUGACCUACUCCGCCUCAGCCACGGAUCACAACUAUUGCAUGGGCCUUUUAAGCGCGUCCGCAACUGCCAAUCUCAUGAACCCAGCAUCGUGGACAAAGAGCAGGACGCCCGUCUUUGUGAGCAACGCCAACACGAACCAAUGGGGUCCAGGACACAACAGCUUCACGCUAUCAGAGGAUGGAAAGAGUGACUUGAUGGUAUAUCAUGACAGGGGCUACAAGGAUAUCAACGGAGACCCGCUCAACGACCCCAAUCGGCGGACGAGGGUGCAAAAGGUGUAUUGGAAGGCCGACGGAACACCGGACUUUGGCAUCCCGGUGCCGGAUGGAAAUACGCCGGUCAGACUGAGGUCGGCCGUCUCAUCUGGACUGUUCCUCAGAUUUUACACUGGGAACAGCGUGCCGAGCGGCUCGGUCGCCCUGGAAGAUACUCAGUUCCGCAUUGUCAAUCCCGGGUUGUCGGGUAAUGGCACCAUCAGCUUGGAGUCAACGAGUAAUCCAGGGGUCUACCUUCGCCGGUUGAAUGGAAGCCAGGUUCAGUUUGAAGCAGGCCGGAAUCUGAACACCGCAGCCAGCAAGGCAUCAGCGAGCUUCAACAGGCGCUCUGGACUGGCCAACGGAUCCGGGAUUUCUCUCGAGGCGUCCGAUGCAGGAGGCCAGUAUUUACGCUUGCAAGCAGGUGGAGCGUUGGUGGUUUCCGCGGCGAGCAGCACAACAGACCAAGAACAAGCGACCUUCUAUCUCGAGUAAAGCGUCGCCAAUUGCAUCCCAGUUGUGGUCCAUCGGACCGUGACUGUUAUCAGACGUUAACCCAAGCAGGAAAACUUUCUCCAUCAUGUAAGGUCGGCCGGCCCCACUUCCCCGCAUUCCGGCACCGGCCUCCGCCGGUUGCGGCCGGCUUGGGUGGGACGGAACAGAGGGAGCGGCAAGCAACGGCUCAGAGUGGGCCUUUCGGCGAUUGACACCACUGCUUUGAUAGCCCUUGGCACAUCUUGUAUUGUUUCGUCAAACCCCUAGAUCUAGGUAUGCUAUGAACCACGAACGAAGCUCAUUCAUGGUUGGGAUUAUUUGUCGGAAAAGUCUGUUUUGAAGACCGGCCUUCAUGAAUGUGUGAUGUUUCGAGGGUUGGAGAAAGGAUGAGGUUAAUUCAUGCUAGAUCGACCGAGCGGUGCAGCUUGACCUCGGAAAGCGGGGACGGUACCAAGCUCAAUGGAUUAUCAAGGGUAAACAUGUAGCCAACCAAAGAUAGGAACAUUAAAUGGACAGCAGUAUGAGGGAUCUGUGUUAUGUAACAGGAUCCUCGAGCAAACAGAAAACCAAAAGAGCGGCUUCAUGGUUUGGUCA